CCUCUUGCAUCAGCAGUUUGUUUUCCCUGCCCACCUCUCUCCCUCCCUCUAUAGUGCCAGCUUGUUUACUUGUAGAUCCAGGCUCUCCUGCCCAUCCUCUCUAGCUCAGCAAGUGCAGCGUCCUUCUAUUCUGCCUCUCCUACAGCGAGAUCCAUCUCUCUGCCGCUUCAUUUCUCUCUUAAGAACAUGAAGAGGCCCACCAGCAGAGGAUCCUCGAUGGUCUGCCAAGCAACCACAGAUCAACAAGACAGCUGCAGGUACAUGGAGCAGCGGCACGGAGUGGACGGCGGCGAUUGCGGCGCGGCCGCGGCUGAGCGCGACGACGUGGAGGCCGGGGCGUACGACGAGGAGGAGGAGGAGGACGACGAGCUCGCGGGGUCCCGCGGCGGCCUCGGCGAGAAGAAGAGGCGCCUGGCGGCGGAUCAGGUGCGGGCGCUGGAGCGGAGCUUCGAGGUGGACAACAAGCUUGACCCGGAGCGCAAGGCCCGCAUCGCGCGCGACCUCAGCCUCCACCCGCGACAGGUCGCCGUCUGGUUCCAGAACCGCCGCGCGCGCUGGAAGACCAAGCAGAUCGAGCGCGACUUCACCACCCUCCGCGCUCGCCACGACGCGCUCCGGGCCGAAUGCGACGCCCUCCGCCGCGACAAGGACGCCCUCGCCGCCGAGAUAAGGGAGCUGAGGAGCAAGGUGGAGAAGCAGAUGGAAGUGAAGCUGGAGUCGGCGGAGGAGCUGCUGCCGGUCGCGGCGGGGACGGCGGCGGCCGCCGGCGCCGUGUACAAGGACGGGUCGACGGACAGCGACUCGAGCGCCGUGUUCAACGAGGAGGCGUCGCCGUACUCCGGCGCGGCGUUCGACCACCAGCACCACCACCACCAAGCCCACCCAAGCUUCACGGGUUUUACCUCCUUCUUGGCCUCCUCGACCUCGCUGAGCUCCUCGUUUCCUUCCUUGUACCAUGGGGGCUCGCAUUUGGACCAGGAAGCGGACGGCUUCCUUAGCGCCACCGCAGCUGACGGUUUCUUCGCCGCCGAGGAGCAGGGCGCCGCCGGCCUCGGCAGCUGGUACGGCGGUGAGGGUUGGUAGAGGUGAGCUGUUGUUGUUGGCUGGCUGGAGACUUGGUGUCCACCAUUCUUGUAAAAAUAUGGCGCUGUACAUGCAUGCAUGGGGGGUAACUAGGUAGAGUCAAUUUCUAUAGUUUUUACAAGCUGGGGGCUGGGGAACACAGACCAUGGAAGGAGGGAUAGGUUAUUCUAUAUUGCUCUUGGUUUACAGUUACCCCCCUGUCCUGGGUUAAUUCUUAGGCAUCACUCUCUCUCAUAUAUUGUUGACAAGUAUACAUAUGCUUGUGUCACAUGCAUGUCAGAGAGAGAUGGCCACAUGUAGGAACACAGAAGGGAAGAGAAAGAGGAUUAAGGAGACUGAGACAGGAUUAUUAAGGAAAUGCUUGAUGGGGGUGCAAAGGUAAACUGAAGGCUUUGGAGUUGGAGGUAGGCAGUACUUGGUCUUCUAGUAGCUAGGUUACAAGUUAAAGCCUAGCUGUUGUAAAUCAUUUGCUUUAUAAGUACAUAUAUAAAUAGAGGCAGAUCAUGGAUAUCACGGGUAAAAACAAGCGAGAGGAUAGGAAAGUCUAGCCCCUUACUGCCUUGCAUUGUGUUUUAACUCUAUCAUAUCGCUGGUAAAACUUUUGGCAUGCCGUAUGUGUGCCUAGAUUUUCAGCAUAGGAUGUGCUUCUUUAGGCAACAAUGGAAGUGCAGCAAAGUAAAGCUAGUGAUGCAAGCUCGACAGCGACGGGUGGACUUGUUUAACCAUGGCGCGCAAAAGAAACCAAAGGUCCUUCUGGCUGAUUGGUGAUCGCUGAUCAGAAGGGGAGGAGGAGAAUGUGCUCGCCUUGAUGCGACCCUCCACGCAAUAUUGUAAUGCUCCGGUGAAGACCAGCAAAUGCAACGGCGACAUGCCUACUAGUAUAAGAUACCGGCUGUGGGGCCCGGCCGGCCCCUCUUCUAGACGCAUCUUGGAAAGGGAUGCGCACAAUGAGCUGAGCCAAUGGAUCCAGCAUAUCUGCCCGCAAUUUCAUAUGUGCAUGAGCGACGACGUCGUCGUUUAAUUUGGUGAUCUUGACAUCACUUGUGCUUGAAUGUGAUGUGGAGUGUGUGCGGGAGCGAUCUAGUUUAUUUGAAGUGUCAUCUGCGAGGAGAUCAGAAGCGUCGUCUAUGCUACUCUUUUCUGUACGCUGUGCUGAUACAUAUUGACAAAAAAAACUCAGACCGCAUGGAGAUAUGACAUCCCCUUGGCUUUGUC